AUGAAAGCGGGACAAGCUUUAAUGGAGCAAUUACAUGAGGUCUCAAACGUGCAGUUUGGUAAAUCAACAAAGAAGAGGAAACGUAUACCCAAUGAGCUUAAUUGGACAAAAAAUUGUAUCUUCUUUGAGCUUUCUUACUGGUUAGAUUUGGGAUUGCGACAUAACUUGGACGUCAUGCAUAUUGAAAAAAAUAUUUGUGAUUCAAUCCUGAAAACCUUGAUGAAUAUUGAAGGCAAAAGUAAGGGCACCGCCAAUGCGCGUAGGGAUUUGGAAGAUCUUGGGCUAAAAAAAGAAUUACAUUUACAGCAUGAUGGUAAUCAUACUUCUAUGAGUCUUGCAUGUUACAUGUUAAAUGUAACUGAGCGAAGGCGUUUUUGUGCACGUUUGUCAAAAGUCAAAUUUUCAGAUGGUUUUGCCUCAAAUAUUGCCCGGUGUGUCAACAUUACUAAAGGAAAAAUCAUGGGGAUGAAGAGCCAUGAUUGUCAUAGCUUUAUGCAAUAUUUGUUGCCAAUUGUUAUUGGUGGGUACCUACGACCCGAUAUUAUGGGAGCUUUAAUAGAGUUUUGCUCCUUUUUCAAAGAAUUAUGUUCACGAACACUAGACAUGACAGUGUUGGAACGGCUUCAAGCUAAUAUCCCCAUCAUUCUUUGCAAAUUAGAAAUGAUAUUCCCACCUACAUUUUUCGAUAUCAUGGUGCAUCUUGCCAUUCAUCUGCCAAAUGAGGCAUUGCUAUCAGGACCUGUUCAGUACAGAUAUAACCAAGAGGAACGGAACGUUGACUUGGUUGGGCAAACAUCUCAAGUGCCAAGUUUAUCUGUUUUCUCCCAAAAGAUUGCCGAGUUGCAUGCGAGGACUCCCCCUGAGGUGACCGAUGACAUAUAUGCAUUAGCAUGCAGUCCAGAUCCACUAGUUGCAUCAUAUGCUAGCUGUAUAAUGAAUGGAAUUCGAUUUCACACGAAGGAUCUCGAAGGGCGUCGCCGCACCCAAAACAGUGGGGUUGUUGUUCAUGCCAACCAUGAAGGAUUGCCAAUUGACUUCUACGGUGUGUUGCAGGACAUCAUAGAAUUACGCUAUAUGGGUUGUGAUAAGUGUUUUUUGUUUAAAUGUGAUUGGUGGGACAUUGGCGACACGAGAAGGGGAAUACACAUUGGGGAUCACUUUACGAGUGUCAAUACCUCUAGGCAAUGGUAUAAAGAUGAGCCUUUCGCUCUAGCAUUCCAAGCGUUGCAAGUGUUUUACAUAAAAGACCCGACUUUGGGGGGAAGUUGGCACGCAGUACACAAGAUAACAAAUAGGAAUGUUUACAAUAUUCGCCACAAGACCUCGGACUUGCAUGAAGUUGAUGAUGAAUCCGACGUUCUUGAAAUAGAAGACAAGAGUGACACUGAUGUUAGGAACUAUGGUAAUGUUAAUGAAACCAACCCAGGCAUGCUCAAUCCAUUGACCCGAGUAAAUGAAGACCACUUGCCCGUUGAUCCAUCAACGUUGUCACCAGAGCAAUUGGCUGAAGAAAGUGACGAUGAGGCCUUCACUGAUGAUGAAAACAUUCACGACGCUUUUUGGAUGGAGAACAUAGAUGAGGGGGAUAGCGAUGGUACUGAAUAA